ACGACAGAGCGGUCUCACGAGUGUUUAAUAACACAAGUGCGAUUUUGUAUAUGUCUUCAAAUUCAAUAUAUUCUACGAAAUUAUUUGUCAUAGAGUGCACAAAAUAUUUUUAAAACAAAUCAUCUGUUGUGAUGAUGUCUCGCACAGUCGAUAUGCUCGAUGUGCUGGCAUUCGUUUAAGUCAGUGUUAUUAAGAAGAAAAAAAUGUGUGUGAAUAAUCGAGAUUGAGAAGAAGUUGAAGUGAGGGAAUUCGCAAUGAUUAUGUCAUCGUUGACUAAAUAAAUUAAAUUGUGCAUCCGUUUCAGAGCAAGCUGAGACGUUAAAGCGUUCGCAACGCAGUUAUCAUUGUUUGUGGUGUUAUUUUUUUGUAAAAUAUUUUAAAAGUAAAUUGUUUAAAAUUUAAAGAUUAUUCUCAAAGUUUGUUUUUUACUCCAUUGUUGGGAUACAUAGACUUUUGUUUAAAUACGUGUGGGUAAAGAGUGUGUAACAAUGUCAAGGCCAUCUGCUGGGCAAGACGCGAGCUCGAGUGUACAGGCAGGCGAUGAUAGUUUCCAAGACGACCUUGUGCAAUUAGAUACCGGGAAAACUAAAAAUUCCGAUGAAAUGGCGGCUGCUAGCAAAGAAGCAUCCAAAGAUGAGCCAGUUGUUAAACCGGCAGCAUCAACCAGAAGUGAUGACAGUGUUUUUACAAUUUUAUACUCGAUUGUGAAAAAAGUGUCUGUGGUCGGUGCCAUCUAUUUGGUUGGCUAUAUGAACUGGUCCGUUGCAUGGCUUAUAACUCCAGUAAUUUUGGCUGUUACCCGUGAAUAUUGGCACAAAACAAACGAGACGAAACGAGCAAUAGCCAAAGCAACUGCAACAUCCAAUGAAAAAGAUGUAAUUUUGGCGCGUAUAAACGAUUUACCAGCUUGGGUUUAUUUCCCUGACAUCGAACGCUGCGAAUGGAUAAAUCGAAUCUUGCAACAAGUUUGGCCGAAUGCAAAUUACUUUGCAAAGGAUUUGGUUAAGGAUGUGAUCGAACCAAAGAUUGCCGAAGCACUGACUGAAUAUAAAUUGAAUGGUUUUAAGUUUGAUCGUAUCGUCUUGGGCACAAUACCACCACGCAUUGGCGGUGUAAAAGUGUACGAUAAAAAUAUAUCACGAAAUGAAAUUAUCAUGGAUAUGGAUCUAUUUUAUGCGAGCGACUGUGACAUCAAUUUCCAAUUGUCCGGAAUGAAAGCGGGAAUAAAAGAUUUUCAGAUUCAUGGAAUGGUUCGGGUCAUCAUGAAGCCAUUAAUUUCGAAAAUGCCUCUAGUCGGUGGCUUACAAAUCUUCUUCUUAAACAAUCCAGAUAUUGAUUUCAAUUUGGUUGGUGUUGCCGAUUUGUUGGAUAUGCCGGGAUUGAGUGACAUGCUGCGUCGUAUUAUUAUCGAACAGAUUGGUGCCAUCAUGGUACUGCCCAAUAAGUUGCCAAUCUCACUUAGCGAUGAAGUUCCAUCGAUAACGUUGAAAAUGCCCGAACCAGAAGGCGUUUUGAGAAUUCAUGUCGUCGAAGCAAAGGACUUGAUGAAAAAAGACAUUGGUGUACUUGGAAAGGGAAAAUCCGAUCCUUAUGCUAUUGUAAUGGUCGGUUCACAACAAUUCCGUACACCAACCAUAGAUAAUACCGUAAAUCCAAAAUGGGACUAUUUCUGUGAGUAUCCGAUUGUUGCGGUUGAUGGUCUUGUACAAUUCGAUUUGUGGGACUACGACCCUGGUUUCCCCGGCACUGAGAAUGAUGAUUUUCUUGGAAGAGCCACAGUUGAGAUUAGCAAUGUUGUGAAAAAUGGAACCUUGGACACGUGGAUUACACUAGAGCAAGCAAAACAUGGAAUGCUACACGUUCGUUUCAGCUGGUUGGAAUUGUCCUCGAACGCGAGUGACUUGCAUUCGGCACUUGCUGAGACUCAACUAUUGCGUGUUACAAAUUUGGCGAGCGCUGUACUCUCGGUCUAUAUCGAUUCAGCAAGUGACUUACCACAAGCUCGCGUUCAAUCCAAACCAGAUCCGUUUGCGAUUUUAAGUGUUGGCAAAACAAAUCAACAAACAGCAGCACUUCGACGUACAGAUGCACCAGUCUGGGAACAAGGUUUUACGUUUUUGGUUGCAAAUCCGGCAAACGGCACACUGCUAAUUAAAAUUGUCGAUCAAAAAACCGAAAAAGAUCUUGGUCAAUUUACUUAUAUUCUCAGCACUUUAUUGACAAAACCGAAUUUGGAACUUGUGUCGCAGCCAUUCCAACUUCAAAAAUCUGGCGCUACUGCAAAGGUCGUAAUAUCGCUGGCAUUGAAGAUUUUGAAAAAACCCUUGAACCAAUCAAGUGAACCCGUCACCCGGGGUGAAGCGCCAAUGAUUCAACGUCAACCAUCGCAAAUGUCACAAACACAAGAAGUGUCGGAAGUGAAAAAUGUGAAAUUGGCCGAGUUCCCACCGAAAUUGGCUGAAAUUCCAAGCCAAGUGGACAGCGCUGUCGAUGAAAUGAUUGAAAAUGCCAAGAGCAAUGUGAGCGAAUUCAUUUCGAACGAAGCGGCCAAUGUACUAAACGAUGGACCACAAUCACAGCUACGCCGUCGUCAAUGGAGCACCCAAUCGGAAAUAAGCUCACAUGGUUUGGGUCGAAUUCAAAUCAGUUUAUAUUACAGCGUCCAAAGACAGCGCUUAUCGGUAACUGUGCAUAAAAUUAUUAAUAUCCCAUUGAAAGAUCCAUCGAAUGUGCCAGAUCCAUAUGUGAAGUGCUACUUGUUGCCAGCUCGUUCAAAGGAAUCGAAGCGCAAAACAAUCAUUGUAAAAGAUUCGUGUGACCCCGUGUAUGAUGCAACAUUCGAGUAUAUAAUUUCAUCGGCUGAAUUGAAGAAUACCGAAUUGGAGGUGACUGUGGCCACGCAAAAGGGAUUCCUAAGCGGUGGCAGCCCAAUCAUUGGAAUGUUGAAACUACCUUUGGACGACGCAGAUAUUACAACACAAGGCAUCUCCAAUUUUUAUGAUCUGCAACCAGAAAUUAAAGCAGAUUAAACUGAAACAAUUUUUCAGAGAGCGUCCCAAAAAAAAACGAGACCUUCUUUUUUAUGAUUUAUCUUAAUUAUUUUAGCCAAAUUUUCACCGUCAUGGAUCGCAGGGAUUUAAAAAAAACUGAAUGCACCAUCACUGUAACCUAAUAUGUAUUCACUUCCGUACAAACAUGAUGUUCACAUGUAACUCUGUGCCUUCUCUUUAAACGAAACCUAUCGCUUUCGCUCUUCUUGGGCUCGACCAGAUCAGCCUAUCUGCAUUUUUUUAUACAUUUGAGUCAUUUUGCUCCAGUCCAUCAAAAAGGAAUCGAAUGAUGGAUAGUAUUUUAUCGUGAAAGUAUUCGAAAACCAGUCGAUAUAUUGAUAUAUUGUCAUUAGUUUUAAUUCAUAGCUUUCGCUUAUAUUUUGCUGCAAAGAAAUAAAAUUUUUAAAACUGAACCUUCUUUGAAGAAAUAACAAAUGAA